AUGAACCGCCCGGGCUCCUCCCGUCUCGAGGUCGACAUCGACAGCCUCAAGCGCAACAUGCAGCCCGAGUACAAGAACGUCACACCGGUGGUCGAGAAGGGCGCCGGCCCGCCCGCUCCCGCUGCACACGGCCACGAUGAUCACGGCGGCAUCGACAUCAAUGACCCCAAUCGGCCGAGGUACGGACUGAAGAAGCGCCUUCACCACUUCACCUGGGCAUGGUACACGCUUGUCAUGAGUACCGGCGGUCUUUCACUGCUCAUAUUUGCGCAGCCCUUUCAAUUCACUGGCCUCAGGCAAAUUGGUCUCGCGGUUUACAUCAUCAACAUUAUUCUCUUCACCGGUGUCACAACGAUGCUUCUGGCCCGAUUCUUCCUCUUCCCUGGCGACUUUACAAAAUCAUUAACCCACGAGCGAGAGGGUUUCUUUUUCCCGACAUUUUUCCUCUCGUGCGCCACUCUCAUCACGAGCACGCAACGCUAUGCCAUUCCCCUCGACGAUGACCGUCUCAUCUGGGGUAUUCAGGUAGCCUUCUGGGCCUAUGUGAUUAUGACCAUCUCUCUCGCCAUCUUCCAAUACAGCUUUGUCUUCUCCGCCCACAGCUUCGGCCUGCAGACCAUGAUGCCUACAUGGAUUCUACCUAUCUUUCCGGUCAUGCUGUCUGGCACCAUAGCCUCCGUCAUCGCCGACACCCAGCCUGAUAUCUCAGCUGUGCCAAUCAUUGUUGCCGGUCUGACUUGCCAGGGCCUUGGCAUGUCUGUCGCUCUCCUCAUGUACUCCCACAUGGUUGGCCGCCUGAUGCAAGCUGGUCUACCCAACCGCGAGCACCGACCCGGUCUAUUCAUGUGUGUCGGCCCGCCCUCGUUCACGGCUCUCGCCCUCAUUGGCAUGGCCCAGGGCCUUCCCGACAACUUUGACCCCGAUGGCGACGGAUUCCUUAUCGACGCCGGCCUCAUCCGCACCAUGGCGCUCAUGUCGGCUAUCUUCCUCUGGGCUCUCGCCGCCUGGUGGUGGGGCAUUGCCGUCGCUGCCGUUGUCCAGGCGCCACCCGUGUACUUCCAUCUUGGCUGGUGGGCCAUGGUCUUCCCCAAUACUGGUUUCGUCCUGGCCACCAUCUCUAUCGCCAACGCCCUUGGGAACGACGCGGUCAAGUCUGUUGGUACCGGUCUCAGCAUCGUGCUGUUCCUGACGUACUGCAUGGUUCUCUACAGCCACACCCGCGCUGUCAUUAUCCAGGACAUCAUGUACCCGGGCAGAGACGAGGACUUCAACGACCACUAG